AUGAACCGCAAAGCCCUGUCUGAGCUGACACUGGCUGUGGGUCUGGUGGGCCCCGGAGCCGUGGGCAAGGCCCUCCUGGAGCAGCUGCGAGUCGCGAUUCCCAAGCUUGAGAGGGAGGGGAUAUCGCUGGAGGUGAGGAGCAUCCUGAAUUCCCAACAGAUGCUCCUGGCCAAGAACACACCCUCCAUAGACCUGUCCAAUUGGGACGACGAGGUCAUCCAGAAGGGAACGGACCCCAGCCUGGGAGUGCUGACAGAGCACUUGAAGGCCUCUGAAACCCCGCAUCGCCUGAUUGUAGAUUGCACGGCCUCCUCGCUCAUCCCCAAGUUCUACCCAAAGUGGAUGGAGCAGGGCAUCCACGUCGUCACCCCCAACAAAAAGUUGAACUCGGGCCCAUACCCCGCCUGGAGAGCGGUCAAGACGCUGCAGGCGGCGGGGGCGGCACACUACAUGUAUGAGGGCACGGUCGGCGCGGGGCUGCCCAUCAUCUCCACGCUGAAGACGCUGCUCGACACCGGGGACGACAUCCUGCGCAUCGAGGGGGUGCUCAGUGGGACGCUGUCGUACAUUUUCAACACAAUGAAGCCGGGCGAUCGAUUCAGCGAAGUGGUGUGGAGUGCCAAGCGCAGGGGCUACACGGAGCCGGACGCGCGAGAGGAUCUCUCCGGCACAGACGUGACUCGGAAAAUCAUCACCCUGGCGCGUGAGUGCGGCGCCGAGCUGGAGCUGUCCGACGUGCCGACGGAGAGCCUGGUGCCCGAACCGCUGCGGAAUCUGGAGGACGGGGGGGACCUCAUGACGGAGCUCGCCAAGUUUGACGAUGAGUGGGCGGCGCGCUUGAGGGAGGUCGACGAUGCGGGGGAGGUGCUGCGCUACGUGGGUUCCUACGACGCGGAGAGCGGAGUGUGUCAGGUCGGUCCACGCCGAUUCUCCAAGAGCCACCCCUUUGCGGGCCUGACCAGCACUGAGAACAUCGUGUCCUUCACCACCUCCCGGUACUGCAACCCGUCGCUCAUCGUGAGGGGCCCCGGCGCGGGGCCUGCCAUCACCGCCGCGGGCGUGUUUGGUGACAUCAUCACCCUGGCACGGUACAUGGGCGCCCACUCAUAG